AUGUCUACCGCGAUACCUUCAAUCGCCUGCCUCGGCGUCAUCGGCCGUAAUAACAACCCCCUCCACAUCUCCAUCUUCCCCUCGCACGACCCGGCCACAAACAACUUCACCCCGAUCCGCACCCCGCUCCAGUUCUCCCUCCUCCUCUCGUCCACCAUCGACGUCUUUGACCUGCGCGCCCGCAACAACGCCGUAUCGGGCGUCGGCCUCUCGGGCGACUUUGGCCUGCUGCACGCCGUCGACGACCGCCUCGCCGCCUACGGCUUCGAGACCAACACGGGCGUCCGCAUGGUCUGCGUCGUCGACAUGCGCGGCCGCCGCGUCGAUGGGAGCGCACCCGUGGCCGCAGCCUCACGGGGUGCCGCGGCCGCUGGCCUGCGCGACGCCGAGCUUAAGCCUGUCUUCCGUGCCAUGCAGAGCGCCUACGUGCGUCUGUUGCAGAACCCCUUCUACGACCCGGACGAGCACGCGCCCCUAGGUGGACGAGGGGGCAGGAAGAUUACGAGUCGCAAGUUUGCAGAGGACAUGAAGAGGAUAGGAGAAGGCUGGACACCUGGCGUGACGAGUCUUUGA